GUUGUUCUUACACUGUUGAACGACCAAGGGAAGAAGGUGCGGUCCUGAGGUAAAACUUAGGAUACAGCAUGCCACAGCAGAGUUGCAAUAUAUAUCAGCUAAGUUUCCUUGGGAUUGCCCUGCAGCAAUAGGCAGGAACCUGAAAGAUUUCUGGUGCGGCAUAGUUGAUCACUCCAGCCUGUGGUAAAAAGUCAUUAGCCUACAUGUUACUUUAACAUCAUGAUACCGGUGACAACUGGCAGUACCCCGGCCCUAUUUGUGUGUAGCAAGUUCACAGUCGAGUAACCUCGACUUUUAAUGGGUCACCCCAAUGGAUUUCUCCUUAGAAUCCCAGUAUGCUGUUGCCCAUCGCUGGCGACUUUAGGACAAACAAGAAUAGGAAAACACUAGAUGAGCACAUAGCAUUCCCUUCUAAAUCUGCUGGUGCUGGAACUUCCGUAGCUUUGGUCCCACUGCUACGAUUCUGCUCCCCUUGAAAUCAAUGGGAGUUUUGCCAUUGGUUUCAAAGGGGAGAGGAUCGGGCUCCUAAUAAAAGACUGCCAAGGAUCUUCAACUGAUGAGAGGCAUUGCAGGAUACUACCGAACUGAAACGUUCUGAAUGUGACCAUUGUCUUUCUUUUAUGGAUCCAAACUGGACAGAGGAGGUGAACUGAAGGAAGGUGGUUUUCACCGUCCACGUGUAGCUGGGGAAUUGCUGCUGCAGUUCAUAGUACCUGAGAUCCACAAUACUGACCAAGCAAUUAUGGAAAAAAUUAAGGCCAGUAGCUGAAGAGGUCCAGGCACACAUUCCCUACUUGCACAGUUCUCUAUAGCUCUCUGCAAAGUGAGUCACUGCAGACAAGAGACGAGAUCCCCUGCCAUGGAAAACCUCUCGCUAGAAGAUUUUAGUCGAAGCCUGGCGUGAUCUCAGCAUCUAGGAACCUGUGGUUACCAAUCAAUUGGUACAAUAGAGCAGAGCAAGGCUGCAAUAGCGUGCAGAUCAGACGUCUCUCCUUGUUUCUAGAUAACUGGGAGCCUCUGUACCAUGUCAUAUCCUCAGUUUGGAUACCCUUACUCUUCUGCACCCCAGUUCCUGAUGACCACCAAUUCCCUGACAACUUGCUGUGAGUCUAGUGGCAGGACUCUGACAGAUUCAGGCGCUUCAGCCUCGGCUCAGACCCCAGUCUAUUGUCCUGUAUACGAAAGCAGGCUGUUAGCCACAGCCAGACAUGAGCUCAAUUCUGCAGCUGCCUUAGGAGUCUAUGGAAAUCCUUACACAAGUACCCAGGGCUAUGGAAACUACGUUACCUAUGGUACUGAAGCCUCUGCCUUCUAUUCUUUGAACAGUUUCGACGCGAAGGAUGGGAGUGGAUCUGCGCAUGCGGGCAUUACCCAGGCGGCUGCCUAUUAUCCCUACGAUCACACACUCAGUCAGUAUCAAUAUGACAGAUAUGGCACCAUGGACGGAGGCACCCGAAGAAAAAACGCUACUCGUGAAACCACCAGUACACUGAAGGCAUGGCUGCAGGAGCACAGGAAGAACCCCUACCCCACCAAGGGCGAGAAGAUCAUGCUGGCCAUCAUCACCAAGAUGACCCUCACCCAGGUCUCCACCUGGUUUGCCAAUGCCCGGAGGAGGCUCAAGAAGGAGAACAAGAUGACCUGGCCUCCAAGGAACAAAUGUUCCGAUGAGAAGAGAUCCUACGAAGAGGAAGGGGAGGAAGAGUCACUGGAAGACAAUAUGAAGAACGAAAAAAACGAUGAGGCCACCAGCAAAGAAGAAAAAGAGCUGGAACUGAGUGAUUUGGAUGACUUUGACCCCAUUGAGUCGGAGAGUUCAGAAUGCGAAUUGAAACAGCCCUUCCAGCACCUGGAGAACAGCCAGAUAAGGGCAGCCGACACAUGUGCUACCGAUCAUUGCAAGGAGCCUUCUCUAAAGACGCCCAUCCCAGCGGCCACCAUUGAAGAAGACCUGGAGAGGGCUAAAAACUGUCUCAAGAAUGUGGUGGACGAAUGUGAACAAGACUUAAUCAAUGUAAGGCAGAGAAGCUGUGAGUCCAAAAUGUGUUUCCAGCAGGGGCAACAAAUAUUGGAGACAAAGCCUAGGAUUUGGUCCCUGGCUCACACCGCCACUUCUCUAAACCAAACUGAGUAUCCUUCCUGCAUGCUGAAACGCCAAGGAGUCUCCGCCUCCGUUGCAGUUUCUGCUCCUGUUAGUGUCAUUGACAGACAUCAGGAUUCCCCAGUCACCAAUCUCAGGAACUGGGUGGAUGGGGUGUUUCAUGACCCCAUAUUCAGACACAGUACUUUGAACCAAGCUUUGAGCAACACAACAGUUUCCUGGGCUACCACCAAAGGAGCCAUUCUGGAAACGGGAUCUUUAGGACGCUCAAUUGGAAACAGUACUAACGUGCUAAAAGGCCAACUGUCAAACUUAUCCCACCAGGACUCAAAUAAAGAAUUUCUUGCAUUUCCCAAAUCAGGAAGCAAAAUGUUUUGUUCUUAACAACACCCCAAGUGGCAAAGAACUUUCUAACACCUGAAGAGUGGGAUACACUGAAAAGAGAUUUGGAAGAAUUUAAAUUUAAAUAUAAUUUUUUAAAAAUAACAAAGAUAAGGAUUUAAAGUUCAGUUUGCUUAGUUAAACGGGCAGACUUUAUUCAUUGCUGUUUUGAAUAAUUUCUGUUGGCUGCGACUUUAAGGGAUCAAUGUCGUGAAAAUAAUUUAACUCCAUGUCUAAAAGCACGUACUAUAGUGUAGGCGUACUUAAAAGUUUACAUCCAAAAGUUUACAAACGAGAAAUUUAAAUUCUGAUAUUUAAUUUAAGGCAUGCCAAUAUUAGUUAUAAAGACUUCUCAGAUUUUUUCCUUCUGAUUUCAUUGUUACCAUAUAAUUCACAAACGGCACUUAUACCAAGUUUACACUAUUGCACAAAUUUACCUUGACAAAUAUGUUAAAAAAAGUAUGUUCACUCCAAUAAAUUGUCUGUUUCAGAAGUAAAAA